GAAUGUGUAGCUUGGUAUUUGAAGGCAGUAGUGAAUGCAUGGUUAAUCAAAUAUGCUGCUUGUUUAAAAGGGUCCAUAUCUAAAAAGAGCCGUGUUUUGAGAUCCUCGAGAGAAUCUUGAUCAUGCAUUUUAGAUGGGUCCAGUAUUGGGAAGUUUCAAUAAUCGACAAGUCACAUGAUGUAGCAAUCUUUAACGAGAUUUUCUUUUUUAUUGUUAAAGUCCAUUGUUUUUCAUUUACAAUUUUUUAGUCUGGAUUAUAUGAUCGAGGAAUUGAAGAGUUUCAAUUGAUUCGUACUUGAUCUGGAUACAUGGCACCAUCAAUCAUUUGAAGAAACAAGUUUGAAUACACAAUAAUUUUCAAUUGCAAGACAAACCCAGUGGUGGAGAUUCUAUAUGGUUACUGCAAAAAAGAAUUCUUGACAGUGUCUGUGAUUGGUUGCUUCAUGGAUGUGGAUCUGUAGUGGUAGACCAUGACAUAUUUUCUUUUCUCACAGAAUCUGAAGGGUUUAUUUAGUGCUAUGAAGGUGUCCUAUGCUGUAACAUGUUCAUGGGAUCUUCUUCAAGUCUGCUACAUUGUCUGUCUUGUUGAUUUAACCAGUUCCACACUGUGUUAAAUAACAAGUACCUAUGUGUGUCUUUCCUUAGCCAUCGGUCGAAAAAGAAUUCAAGAAACAUCCAGUUGCUUUUUGAUUUUUGAUUUCAGAAGAGACACUGUUCGCAUUGGUCCCAUGGUCUGGAGAAAUCUCAGACACUAACUGCUUGAAGAUGCAAGUGUUUUCUUUUGGGUGCAUGAAAGCAUUUUGUUAUUUUUGGCAAUUUGUUUUCAACCAUUUUUUCCCUUGAUUACUGAGGUUCCUGAUUUUCAUUACUGUCUGGGAGAUUUUUCUUUUGAACUAACUAUUUUUCCAGAUCCCUAACAAUUUUGUAGAACUAAGAUAGCACUUCUUGAUGUUGCUGGAAAAUAUGACUGGUUAUAUGUUGUUGCUGCUUUUAGAUAUCAGUACAAUGGCGUGAAUCCUCUGUCCUGUUUAACAAGAUGCCUGUCAAAAGUUAUUUUAGAACACUUGUACAAGUUGCAGUUGCAUCAAAGCUGGUGUGGCAACCGUUUCGUUGCAUGUCUCCAUAUCUGGGAAUUUUUAAGCUACAUAAUCAUCUUGGCUUGUGCCUGAGGAGCCCUGGGGCUGGCUAUGAAAUAUUUGAAUCAUUGGAAUUUCUAUUACCACUAAGGUUUAACAAAGUUGCAUUUUAAUGGCGCAGAAAAAGUCAGUACACUCUCUGCUACUCCUAAGUUCAUGUCACUUUUUAGUAGUUGCAAGUUGGUGCCGACAGUGGUUGGAUUGAGAUAAGAACUUAAAGAAUGGAAGUUUGCAGGGGAAUGAUUUUGCUUUGGCCCCGUAGAGCACUCUAUCUGUUUUAAUCUGGAUUCUGGAUGCUUGCAACUGAGCCUAGUUAUACUUUUUCUUCACACUUAUUCUGUCUUUUGAGAGUGUUUUUCUCAGAGGUGUGGUCACCUGAAAUGCUUAUGAUCAUCUGGUGACGUGUGUACUAAGAUUCAGUUCUUUGUGCGUUAAAAUUUGAAUUUUGCUUUCGCCUUAUUAAUUUAUAUGGAAGUGGAUGUAGAUAUGUUCUGUGAAGGUGCUUACGAGUAGAAGUUCAUUUUUUGGAAGUUUGUCUUGAUUCAGUUCUGUAUAUUCAAGUGACGAUAUGGACAAAGUCAUCAUUUCAUUAGUAGGUUUCUAGCUGAUUCUUAUGGUCUCAACCGUUUUGAUGAGGUGCCAGAGGAGACAGGCAGCAGAAACAUGUUGAAAUGUUUGGGUAUAGUAUUUGAAUGAAUAUAUAUGAUGAUGGAGAUUAGAGAAUGUUACAUAUGUAUGUCCUAAUUGUUAGUGUGAUAAUUAUAAGCUUUAUAUUUGCAAGGAAAGAUUCUGUCAUGGAGUUGUCGUCUAGCCAGAUGUCUCUAUGUGUUAUUUCUUCCUUUGUCAGCAUUGGUACUCAAUUGUAGGAUGGGUUCUACCUCCUAUUGUCGACAGUAUGUUUUACUAGCAAGUCUGUGAUUGAGGUUAAAUGGAUUGUUGGCAAGGACAAGUAAAGUAAUUAGAGUGUAAUCACUUGAAAUUCGGAUCACGUGGCAUCUUAUAGUUGCUUUCAGAGAGAUUAGAUACAUAUGAGUUUGGUUUCAUCCGAUAUUUGCGACCGGCCUUGGAUUGUGCAGUUCUGUUGAUUCUACCAUUUUGAAUUAUGGUGGAAAGAGAUACUGGCCGUCCUCGUGGAUUUGGGUUUUUGACAUUUGCAGACCGCCGGGGAAUGGAAGAUGCAAUCAGGGAAAUGCAUGGUAGGGAGUUAGGCGAUCGUGCCAUCUCAGUGAACAAGGCCCAACCCAGAAUGGGGGGUGAGGAUCUAGACCAUGGCUACGGUGGAGGUUACUCAUCUGGUGGCAGGGGCAGCUAUGGGGGUGGAGAUAGGUCUGUAGGUCAAGAUGACUGCUUCAAGUGUGGGCACCCAGGUCACUGGGCCCGUGAUUGCCCUUCAGCUGGUGGUGGCCGAGGCGGUGGUCAAUUCUCUUCUCAUUCUAGACUUGGUGGGCUUGGAGGUCGUGGGGAUCGAUUUGGAGGAGAUCGUGGUCGAUACAUUGAUGACAGAUAUGAUGGAGGGCGCUAUGGGGAUAGGGAUCAUUAUGAGAGCAGAGACAGAUAUGGGAGCCGCGAUCGCCAUGUUGAUGACAGGUAUCCACUGAGUGAACGCUUUGCAGGGGAUAGGUAUGGGGCUUCGGACCGUUACCCUCAAAAUGGGUAUGGGAAAGACCGAAGCUAUGAUAAUAGGGAUGGAGGCCCAAGAGGGAGUGGAGACAGGUAUGGAGGUGGAGGACCAUCACGUCACGAGGGAAGAAGCUACCGUGAUAGGUCAGGUCCUUAUGACCGCCCUAGGAGAGGAGGGCGUCCAUCUUUUGAUCGCUACUGAUUUUUUAUUUUUAUUUUUUGUUGCACUUUUCAUGAACAUUUUGGAUGGUUGUAUAUAUAAUUUCUAUGCACUUAAUUUUUGGCUAUAAACUUGGAUGCUGCUAGCUUGCCCUUAUUAUGGAUGAGGAUUUGAUGAUUGCAAUUUAUUUGUCUUUUGUUUUA